AUGGUUGGGGCGGUCCUGGAAUCACGCAAGUUCCGCUCCGUCGAGUUGAUCUACGGUGCCGUGCACGGCGUGCGCGGGAUACUGGACGAGGAUUUUUACGAUCUGACCCAGGAGACCACCCACAAUCUGGAACUGGUGGCAAACACACCGUCUUCGGCGCUUGGCUCGACGCGCGACAAACCGGACCUGAAGUAUUGCCAGGAAAUCUUCAAGGUCCUGCGGGCGCACAAGAUCGGUUAUUUCUUUUACACCGGCGGCAACGAUUCCUCGGACACGGUUCGCAUCGUGAAUGAUGAAGCGCGCAAGGCAGACUACAAUCUGCGCUGCAUCCAUAUUCCGAAAACCAUCGACAAUGACCUGGUCGAGAACGACCACACGCCAGGCUUUCCCUCAGCCGCGCGGUAUGUGGCUCAAGCAUUCAUGGGCAUCAAUCUCGACAAUGCGGCGCUGACCGGCAUCUAUAUUGGCGUUGUCAUGGGGCGCCAUGCCGGUUUUCUCACCGCCGCAUCGGCGUUGGGAAAGAAAUUCUCCGAUGAUGGUCCACAUCUCAUCUAUAUGCCCGAGCGCACCUUCGACAUCGAUCGGUUCAUCGGGGACGUCAGGCAGGUGUAUGAACGCUACGGGCGCUGCGUCGUUGCCGUCAGUGAAGGCAUCCAUGACGGCUCGGGUGAGCCGAUCAUCGCCAAGCUGGCCAAGGAGGUCGAGCGCGAUGCACAUGGUAAUGUGCAGUUGUCCGGAAGCGGCGCCCUGGCCGAUCUGUUGACGCAGAAGGUCAAGGAGGAACUGCAGAUCACGCGGGUCCGGGGUGACACGCUCGGCUAUAUCCAGCGAAGCUUUGUCGGAUGCGUUUCCGAUGUUGACCAGAAUGAAGCCCGAGAGGUCGGUGAAAAGGCCGUCCAGUACGGGAUGUUCGGCGAUCGCGACGGAUCGGUGACGAUAAAACGCACCGGCCACUACUCGGUGGAUUACGAACUGGUGCCGCUGGAAAUGGUCGCCGGAAAGACCCGCACAAUGCCCGACGAAUUCAUAACGGCUUCCGGUCACGAUGUUACAGACGAGUUCCGGAUGUAUCUUCGCCCCCUUUUGGGCAAGGGCAUGCCGGACGCCCAUCGCCUUCGUCCGAACAAGGUGCCGAAGAUCCUGGCAGCCUCGUCAUAG